GCCUCACUCCCCUUUCCUUCGACGCAUGUGCAAACAGAUCUACCUGACUGAACAGACCUGAUGGACUGUAAAACUGUUAGUCGAUUGAGGUUAUACGAUAGUUGGUUGAAAGCUCGCACUAUGAUUUUAAUAAUGGAAGAGAAAGUGUUUGAUCUAGUGGUGGUUGGUGCUGGCCUGAUGGGAUCUGCUGCAGCCUUCCAUGCUUCCCAACUCUCUAAAAUCUCUGUCUGCCUGGUGGGACCACCAGAACCAAAAAACCGUCAAGAGGUAGAAAUCUUUGGGUGUUGGCAUGAUGAGGGUAGAGUAUACUACCGCAUCAGCCCUCUUCAUACCUGGCAGGUGGUUUCUUCUAGGAGUAUUGAAAGGCUUGCUAACUUGGAAGAGUUGACAGGAAUUAAGAUAUGCACAAAAACAGGCUGUAUUCAUAUAUACAAGGACAAGAAGAAGCAUGAGGAAAAUAUUGAGGUGAGCCGCCAGUUGGAUUUGGAGGGGCAGGACAUCUCGCACACCUGGAAGAACAUCUUUCCUUUCCUUAAUAUGCCUGAGGGUGCAUCCAUCUGCUAUGAGGAAAAAUGUGCUGGACACCUGAAUCCUCGAAGGCUGGUUGAGGCCCACCAGAAAGCUGCACAGCUGGCUGGCACACAUUUGUUGAAGGAGAUAGUGAUGACAGUCCGUCCAUCUGAAACUAUGAUGCACAGAUGGGAGGUUGUAACAGAGAGUGGCACUGUGCUGCAAUGUCAGCAGGUCUUAGUGGCAACAGGAGGCUAUGCAGCUCUCAAACCUCUGUUUCAGCAUGUUAAGCCAGGUUUUGUUCCAAAGCUGGAGCUGAGGACACAGACUGUGGCUUUCUUACAGAUCUCUGAAGAGGAGGCACACAGGCUGUGGAGAAUGCCAUGCAUGGUAAUCCGCCAUCCCUUCAAGAAUCUUGAUGGAGGUUAUGUUGUUCCUCCUAUCAAAUAUCCAGACGGAAAGUGGUAUGUGAAGAUGGGCCAUGGACGUGCCUAUGAGGAGACAAGGUCCAGCCUGGCUGAAGUGACACAUUGGUACCAGCAGCAGUCUGGAGUGCCAGAGUGUGUGCAGCAACUUACCCAGUACCUCAAAUACCUCCUACCAGGGCUUAGAUUUCUAACUCCUUGGAACUCCGCCCACUUGACCACUGAACAACAGACCAGCGGAGUUGCGUGCCAUACUACCUAAGGAAAAACUGUCGUACAGCUCAUGGGUGAUGUGUUCCUCACAGAGACCACAGCAGCCUUAACCACUCACUCCUUGAAGGUUAUGCUAUUUAGAAGUGAAUUGCUGAUCUUCCAGACCUUGUGAUAUUGUCAGUUGAUCUUUUUUUUGUUUUAUUUGUUUAUUUUUUUUUAUUUAUUUAUUUAUUUUUUUUGAGAUUAAAGGAAAGAGACAGACUGACACAUUGGUUAUUCUUGUUUAAUGAUUGUUACAUUUAAAGAACAGGCAUAUAGAAAUAUGCCGUAGCCUGGUUAAGACAUUCUAGGUCAAAAUGAUGCCUGAUGUUGGCCAAAUAUUGUGGCAUUCUUAACGCGGGAUCACACUUGUCAAAUUAUUAGUGCUGGGUCAAUCAACAGACAUUAUCUUGUAUCACAAGGAUCUUUAUCAGGUCCUCUGUACCACGUUUGUCUCAUGCAUGGGCGUGAAAGCUUCAAGUAUACAUUAAAAUUAAUAUCUAACCACACAAUUACUGCUUACAUAUAUGUAGUUCACUAAUCUUCUUUGAAAGUAUUGAUAUAAUGCCUCAUUAUCUUAAUGUGUAGGUACUAAAAAAUUACUUGCACACAUCUUUAGGUAAUGUUUUUUGCCUAUACACACUUCAUUUCACUGUUUAUUCUAAUUUUGUAUAAAAAUACAAAACAUGCUAAAUACCUUGUUGCCUUCAAUGGGGAAACUUAAACUUUAAAUCUAAGAAAAAUCAUUAGCAGCAUUUUGUUAUGGCUCACAUCUUGUUGUGUAAUAAUAAUAAGUACAAUGAAAACUAAAUGCUUGCAUUCAAAUCCUUUGUAACAAGCAUUAUGCUACUUGAUUCUCUUACAAUAGGAUUCAGUAGUUUAUCCUGUAUACAUAAAUAAAAUAGGUCAUUAUAGAAAAUAGAUUCCUUUGAAGGUACACUUGCUUAUAUCUACUUAAUGACUUACAAAUAUGACUAGUAAAACUUGCUGCAUGGUACUGUACAUACAACAGUUAUCUAAUGAAAUGUCAAAGUGCUUUUUUGGUGUUAUUUUUACACUAUUUCUGCAUUUUGGGUGUGUUCAUCUCUUAGGUAUCCCUAUUUAUUAUCCUAGUCUGUUUAGACAGACCAAGUAUUAUAAUUUAACAAAAUAUGGUCUAAAUUAUUAGCGAUUAUGGAGCAAGGGGAAACUGUGGAGUAGGUAGCACGUCUAGCAGCUGUUCAGGUCAUAGGUCUUUCACAGAGGCAAGAGCAAGGUCCCUUGCCCCAGUCCUCAGAUUCCGCCAUGUUAAAGGAAUGUUCUAUCCCGUGUAUUGCUUCUUCAGACCUGUCCUACUUCAUCACCUGUGCCACUCUGCAGAGUAUUUUAGUGUGAAUUGGUUGUAUCAGUCAUGACCUCACACUGCAUUAUGGCAUUGUACCAGAACACAAUGAUAUAUUGGAAGUCAUGGCCCAAGACAGGAAUGCCAUUCAGACACCUUUACCUGCCCUGCCACAAUGCCACACACUGCUGGAAGGCAAUUCACUUAAUCUGAAACAGUUCACACUACACAGUUUUGAUAAUGGUUUUCACUCAUAACUGACCUGUAUGCAGAUAAUUCUGUAUGUUCUAGAGUGUAUUGAAAACAAUACAUGCACACUGGCUUGUUUUCACCUAACAUAUUUGCAUCACUUCCCAUGAGUGGCUGGGUCUUUUGCUCUAUCUUGCUGCCUGCCCAUAAUUCUUGUAAGCCCUUGGAAAGUUUGUGGCCCGUGGUAGUUACAAGGUUCUGAAGUUCUUAGGAGACCAGCACAAAAAAAAUGCAUCAGAAAAUGCCUGUUUCUUAGGUGCUUGCAAAGAACUGAAGAAGAUGUCUUUAACUCUGUAUCUUUCUUCUGUAUUAUUUCCAACUUCCUUAUAUCUUUCUUCCUACAUGGAAAGCAUAAUACUGUUGUAUACUCAAACUUAGGAUGUCUUAUUUUGGUUAUUAUUAUUAUUAUUAUUAUUUUUUAUUUUUCAUAUUCUUGUUUAAGUAAUUAAAUACCACCCUUAUAUUUGCCAACAUUCUGUAUUCUUAUAUCUUUCUUCCUACAUGGAAAUCAUAAUACUGUUGUAUACUCCAACUUAGGAUGUCUUAUGUUGGUUAUUAUUAUUAUAUAUUUUUUUUUUUUCAUAUUCUUGUUUAAGUAAUUAAAUACCACCCUUAUAUUUGCCAACAUUCUGUAUGUGAGAUCAAUUGUCACACUUAUGUGCUUUUCCAGAGAUAGGUUGUCUUUUCUUCCUUGCUUUUCCUCAUCAUUUCUUCUUCCAUUUUGUAAUUCUAUGAGGGCCUCUUUUUACUUGCUCUUAUUUCCAAUACAUUGUCAUUUUUUUAGCAUUAAAUUUUAGUUUCCAUCUUUGGCUCCAUGCAUAAAUUUCUUCAGUAUCCUUUUGUAAGUCAUUGCAACUCUUUUGGCUCUUUGUUAUUCUUAAUAGCCUCACAUCAUCAGCAAACAAGUUAAUGUAACUACUCAAACCUGCUGUCAUAUUGUUUAUUUGAAACUUUUUUUUUUUUUCUAUAUGUAGGAAGGACACUGGCCAAGGGCAACAGAAAUUCAAUAAAAAAAUAUGCCCAGUUAAAUGCCAGUCCCAUAAAAGGAUCAAAGCAGUGGUCAAAAAUUGAUGAAUAAGUGUCUUGAAACCUCCCUCUUGAAGGAAUUCAAGUCAUAGGAAGGUGGAAAUACAGAAGCAGGCAGGGAGUUCCAGAGUUUACCUGAGAAAGGGAUGAAUGAUUGAGAAUACUGGUUAACUCUUGCGUUAGAGAGGUGGACAGAAUAGGUGUGAGAGAAAGAAGAAAGUCUUGUGCAGCGAGGCCAUGGGAGGAGGGAAGGCAUGCAGUUAGCAAGAUCAGAAGAGCAGUUAGCAUGAAAAUAGAUAUGCAACAUUGUGGCGAUGAGAGAGAGGCUGAAGACAGUCAGUUAGAGGAGAGGAGUUGAUGAGACGAAAAGCUUUUGAUUCCACCCUGUCUAGAAGAGCAGUAUGAGUGGAACCCCCCCCCAGACAUUUGAAGCUUACUCCAUACAUGGACAAAUAAGCCCCUUGUACUGAGUUAGCAGCUGGGGGGGUGAGAAAAACUGGUGGAGAUGUCUCAAAAUGCCUAACUUCAUAGAAGCUGUUUUAGCUAGAGAUGAGAUGUGAAGUUUCCAGAUUAGAUUAUAAGAAAAGGACAGA